UACAGAAGAUGGAGCAAUCGCAGGUGGUUCUCUGUUUCUCAGUUUCUCGGAAUCAAAUUCCAGAAUUCAAUCCGGAGAAAGGGAACUUGACCGAGAAAAUUUUGGAUCAUGUGGGUGAUUUCAAAAAUCUGGAAGAGGUGGUGUCUAAGCUGACAGAGAAACUGAAUCUGACCGAGUCUCAGGUUGCGAGUAUAAGGAAGACAUUGGUUAAGGCUGAAGAAGAAGCUGUGCAAGUUCGAUCACCAGCACCACCACUGAAGAGUGCUGCAAAUCCAUCUAGUAAAUCGAAGAAGAAGAAUAUGAAAAAACAAGCCUCUAAGCAGCAGACAGAAGCUGAACUACGACUACUUGACCCUGCCGAUGCUGAAACAAUUGAAGCAAUGAAGAAGGAGAUUUUAACCACUGUGGACUUGUUGAAGAUCGUACAGCACCUACACAGAGUGUUAUUCCCUACAAGGGUUGGAGUUAGACAAGUGAGAGCUUCUUCUGGUGACAAAAUCAGUGGACAAGUGAGAGCUGGAAACAAAGUCAGUGGACUAGUGAGAACUGGGAACAUCAUCAGUGAACAAGUGAGAGCUGGGAACGUCAGUGAACAAGCAGGGCUAAGGAAGCAUGUUGGAAACCGAUGGGAAUGAAAGAGCCAGCGAAGAUACAGACUCUUGAUGGGAUCAAUUGGAGGGAAACAAAUCACACAAAUCCAAAAAAAAAUACAAAAAAUACCAUAUAUAAAAGGCCCAAUAUAGAAUCUUAGAGAUUUGACUCUUAUCGAAUCUUAGUUUGUGAAAUAGCGAGAUAUGUACCUAUUGAAUUAGCAAAA